ACCUCAAUAUCCCCAUGUGGGAGAAGUUAUUGAUGGAGUGGACAUGAGGGCAGAAGUUGGAGUUCUCACAAGGAACAUCUUAAUCAAGGGAGAGACAGAAAAUACCUGCUAUCGUGAAAAGGAGUGUCAGUUUUUCAGUUAUGAUACGUUUGGUGGACAUAUCAAGAUUUUGAAGAAUUUUACAUCUGUUCAUCUCUCCUAUGUGGAAUUAAAGCAAAUGGGCCAGCAGCAGAUAGGAAGUUACCCUGUUCACUUUCACCUUUGUGGGGAUGUGGAUGAAAAAGGAGGUUAUAGUUCUAAGACUUACCUUGAUGGUCUUUCCAUUCAUCACUGUUUCUCCAGAUGUGUGACUAUUCAUGCAACUAAUGGCUUACUGAUAAAGGACACCAUUGGCUAUGACACACUAGGUCACUGUUUCUUCAUAGAGGAUGGCAUUGAGCAGAGGAAUACUCUCUUCCACAACCUUGGACUAGUCACAAAACCAGGCACUAUUCUUCCUACGGAUAGAAACAGCACCAUGUGUACUGGCAUAAGGGAUAAAGUGUAUGGAAGUUACGUUCCCGUGCCAGCCACAGACUGCAUGGCAGUUUCAACCUUCUGGAUUUCUCAUCCCAACAAUCACCUUAUAAGUAAUGCAGCAGCAGGUUCACAGGACGCUGGAAUAUGGUAUUUGUUCCACAAAAUUGCUACAGGAGAUUCUCAUGGUCUAGGCAUUGAAACAAAGUCAGAGCUCACACCCCUAGGAAUCUUCUAUAACAACAGGGUUCAUUCUAAUUUUAAGGCUGGUUUGUUCAUUGAUAAGGGUGUUAAAACAACUAAUGCUAGUGCUGAUGAUCCCAGAGAAUAUCUUUGCUUGGACAACAACGCAAGGUUUCGUCCUCAUCAAGAUGCAGACCCUGAAAAACCCCGAGUUGCUGCCCUGAUUGAUGGAUUAAUCUCUUUCAAAAACAAUGAUCAUGGUGCUUGGGUCAGGGGAGGAGAUAUCCUCAUUCAGAACUCUGGGUUUGCAGACAAUGGAAUUGGUUUGACAUUUGCCAGUGAUGGGAGCUUUCCAAAUGAUGAAGGUGCCAGCCAAGUGGUGUCCGAAUCUCUGUUCAUAGGGGAGAGCAAGAAUUACGGGUUUCAUGGUGGUCAAAAUAAAUAUACAGGAUCUGGAGGAAUAGACAAUAAGGUGCGCACUCUACCUAGAAAUCGGACAUUUCCAAUUAGAGGUUUUCAAAUUUAUGAUGGGCCUAUUCACCUCACUAAGUGCACGUUCAGGAACUUUGUGCCAACUCCAGACAGAUUUACCAGUGCAGUUGGUUUCUUGAUGAAAAAUCCUUGGCAGAUGACACCAAGAAACAACAUUUCUCUUGUAAAGUUUGGUCCAAAUGUUUCUCUGAAAGCCUUCUUUGGAAAACCUGGUCCCUGGUUUGAAGAAGUAGAUCUGGAUGGUGACAAGAACUCAAUAUUCCAUGACCUAGAUGGUUCAGUGACUGAUUAUAAAGAUACGUAUGUGGGCAGAAUGGAUAACUACUUGAUUCAACACCCCAAAUGCAUUAAUAAUACUGAAUGGAAUGGAGUGAUCUGCAGUGGGACCUAUGCACAGGUCUAUGUUCAAACAUGGAAUGGACAGAAUCUUUCCAUGGCUAUUGUACGAGAUGAGUACCCAUCCAAUCCCAUGGUUCUUAGAGGGAUUAAUCAGAAAGCUGUCUUUCAGCAGUACCAGCCAGUAGUAAUGCUACAGAAGGGCUACACAAUACAUUGGAAUGGAAAAGCACCAAAUGUCACGUAUCUUUACCUCAUUAACUUUGAUAAGAAUGACUGGAUUCGCGUUGGUCUUUGUUAUCAACCAAAUACUGAUUUUACUAUAGUUCUGGAAACCUUUCAGAGGAAGUCAUCUGCUCUGUCGAGUAAGGUAGAACGCUACACACCUGUAUCUUCAAUGCUGGAGCUUGAAAAGAAUCGAUCAGACAAGAAGUUUUAUUUUGACAACAGUACUGGACUACUGUUUUUAUUUCUUCAAGCCAAAUACAGUAGGGAUGGUCACAGUUAUUGCUCAUCUCAGGGAUGUGAAAGGAUCAAGAUUGUGACCAAAGAUUCAGCAAAAGGGGUCAGUAACUGCAUGGCAAAAGCUUACCCAAAGUACUACCAAGGACCAGCUGUCAUAAAGCAGAUGCCAGUAAGAACUACUGUACCGUGCACAAAGUGUGGCACAACUCAGAUGGUAUUCACCAGCGAUCCUCACAAAAACUACCUCCUUGUGCAGAUUAAUUUAUCUGGUAAAAAUGAGUUAAGCAGAGCUCAGCAAGCAUUUAUCUCCGUCAAUAACACAAUGUUUUCCUUCAAGGAUAAUGGUAUACUCCUUGUUGUAGUUGAUGCCUGCACUGGCACAGUGUCAGGAAAUAAUUUAUUUUCCGGAGCAGACAUUAAGCGUGUAGGUGGCUAUUUAAAGUCUGAAAUACCACAAAGGUCUGUGGUUCUACUGAGCACAAGAGGCGAGGUAGAAAUUCCUAAUAACUUAGCAGAAGCCUUUAAGUCCUUGGGGACAGCCAAACCACCUUACCUUCAGAGCAAUGGAAGUGUGGCCUUCCUGGGCUUCAGAGGAAACUUUAAGCCAUCGUGGAUUAAGCUGUUUACCAGUCCUGCUGGUCAUGGGCAAAUUCAGAUAGAAAAGUAUAUCCCUUUGCAACUGGAAGAAUAUGGCUGUACCAGAGCUAUCAAGAGUCGACGGAAAGACCUCGAGCUUCUGAAGAAGGCUACAAGAUCUCAUUAAAGACUAAGCUGUACAUAAAAACUGGGGGAAGAAAAUGUGAACUAACUUAUUUUUAAUUUAUGGCAUUUUAAACUGUGUUGUUAUUCAAGGAAAUCAUGUUAUUAUCUGACAGACGUUUGCCAUCAUUGACCGCUUGAAUGCCAGUCUGUGCACCUUCUAGUUGUACAAAAUAUGGAAGAAUUUAUUAGUAUUUGUAUAAACAGGUUUCAGAGAUUUUUCAGAUGUUUGUAUUUACUGUAAACAAUUUUUUCUGUUUAAUACUCCUUUUGUAUUUAAGAGAGUGUUCAUAAAAGCCUUAAAUUUUUGAUAGCUGGUGUUGGAGUGCUAUUUGGAUUACUUGAAAGAUUAACAGUUAGGUCUCUCUAAACAGCUUGAAUUGGUCAUUGUAACUUAGUUUACUUGCAUUUUCCCUCUGCUGUAUCCAGGUUUUCCUGAGAGUUUAUUUAGUAGGAAGUUCAGUUACAUUCUCAAAUUACUUUCCCGGGUGUUAAAAAAAAAAAAUAAUAAUAAUAAAAAAAAAUCCUAUUAUGCUUGCAGUUGUGCUCAAGGAGUUUUAACUGCAGUAAAAUUUUUGAUUUGCUGUACGAAAGGUGGAGAGGGGGGAUUUGGAGACCUAGCCUGGGCUGGGUGGGGAUUGUGUACUGUGCAACAGAGUUUUUACGAGGCCAUGUGUAGCGGUGUGACAAGAGCAGAAAAUGACUGUCAUUCUUCAGGAUCGCUGUUUACUACUCACUCCUACAGGAGUUACUAGUAAGAGUUACUUCAUCAGUUAACUUGUCUGUUAAGACUGGGCACAGCUGGACUUUUUCUUUUAAAGCUCUUAAGCAGAAAGGCAGAACUGAGAAAAUGGUCAUUCUCAGGUUGUUAUGAAGCUGAGCUUCUACUCCGUCUGCGAUUAAGGCUAUCGCAGCUCUGAAUUUUGAGAGGAAAGCGUGCUCAGUUCAUUCUGUCAUGCUAUCUAUUUUGCCUUAACUUUUGAUUCUUUUUAUUGUAACCCUGUUGGUAAUAUCUGUUAUUAGCUGUCUUUGAUUUCUGUUGGGUUUUGUUGCAAUUGCUUUACCUUUUCUAUAGGUGGUGGGGAAAUGGUUUAGAAGAACUGAGAUACAGCUGCCCAUUUUCAAGAAUCUAGUCUUUGAAAUUAGAUUUCAGAGACUGUAAAGAUGCAUUUCAUAAUAGGGAACAAUAGGUGCCACAGAGCUGAAAAUACAACUAUAGUUCUAAUAAAACUGACAUCGUUCUUUGUUACUGUACGUGUUCUCAUUCAUUCUAGCUGUUGUUAUAUAUGUACCAUCCGGAGAUGCUGUGUGCUUUGAAUUUAAAAUGGAGUGGCUGUUGAAAAUGAACUGUUCACUUGUCUUCUCCAAAGAAGUUGAAAAACAGGGGAUUAUUUUUUUUGUGCUUUAAAGGAGAGGAGGCACAGUAGCAGACCUAUUAUUCUAUUCAAUUAAAAUAUGCUACCUCAGUGCUACCAUUAAACUGCCUGAUCAUAAUACCUUUUUUUCCUAAGUAAGAAAGGAGGGGAAAGGAACACAACACAAGAUGAAGUUAACAUACAGAUGACUGAUUUUAUUUUAUUGCAAAACCAAGCCAAAUGGAUGAUUAUGUAUUUUGCAGUUGUUUUGAUGCACAGUUGCUAUAAUGCUUAAAAAACGAAAAGUGUUUUGUAUGUGUGGUAAAUUUUUAAGACUAGCUAUAAUGUUUGGUAUUACUAAUGCAGGACUAUGUGAUUUACUUGCUCGGAGUGCAGUAGGGUUAGUGUCUGGGGAUUGCAAUGAUCUUAAGACUUCCACUGUUCUGAUCUGUGGGUCGUGCUUAGCAGAGAAAUGCCUUUUGGAUAGUGACCUUCAGGCUUCUGAAGUUGGCCAUUGUUUGAGAUUCUGCUGUUUUAAGCCAUCUUUUGUAAAAACUGUUCUUGGAAACCUCAAGGCUACUCAAGUGUAAGGAGUACUGAUAGACAAUUGGACCUGAAGUUAAACUGUCAUCUUUUGUGUGAACUUAAGCAUUUGAUAAAUAGCAUAAAUAAAUUUUUACAUCUGACAAA